AUGGAUAAUCUGUACCACAAAACAUUGGAGAUUGGAGAGGUACAUCUCGCUGAUUCCAUUUUGAUUUCAUGUUACACCAUAUUCCAGCUUAUAAUUGACUAUCUCACUGACUCGAUCAUUCACUCCACUCGCCUCAAGUUCAUUCAUCAACGCUCUGAGAUGCAGCAGCAAGCAGUGGAGCAUCUCGACGUUCUCACCGAAACUGGUCUUAAAACUGGCGUUUCCAAGCCCAGGGGAGACGUGCAUCGCGACGGCGACUACCACCGCGCCGUUCACGUGUGGGUAUUUGCGGAGCGGACGCAGGAGCUGCUCCUACAACGCCGCGCGUCGUGCAAGGACUCGUGGCCUGAUCUUUGGGACAUCUCCAGCGCCGGUCACAUUUCCGCCGGCGAUUCGUCGCUCACCACUGCUAGGAGGGAGCUUGAAGAAGAGUUGGGUGUAAUCCUUCCUAAGGAUGCAUUCGAAUUGUUAUUUGUGUACCUCCAACACAGUGUCAUAAACGAUGGAAAAUACAUAAAUAAUGAAUUUAAUGAUGUGUAUCUGGUAACAACACUUGAUCCUAUACCAAUGGAAGCUUUUGCACUUCAGGAAUGCUUGGCUAGAAGGAAGUAA